AUGAAGUUCGGAAAGCAACUCUUGCUGAAGCAAUCGGAGGAAUGGAGGGAAUCGUACAUCCACUACAAGCAACUUGUGCAUCUGCUCAAGGAUUUAGCCCGAUUGGUGUCGCCCGAGGGUAAGGCGCCCGAGUACGCUGAGACAGAGAAGCAAUUCAUCGCUGCCAUCGAAGCGGAAGUUAUUCGCGUGAAUGCAGCCUACCUGGUGCUCGAGGAGCAGGUCAAUCAGGAGCUCAAGAAGCUCAGGGAAAAGUACCGGGAGAAGAAGAGCGCCCUCACGCCUGACUCGCUGUCCGUCCUCAGGAACGACGUUCUGGUGUGCUCGCAGUCCAUCUUCUACCUCCAAGAGUUUGGAGGCCUCAACGCGACGGGCUUCCAGAAGCUCAUCAAAAAGACCGAGAAGCUGCUGGGUAAGGGCAACGUGCCCUGGGCCAAGGGUCUCAAAGCCGUCUACAGCACCAAGGACUUCUACCUCUCCAAGAAGCCCGCCAAAUUCAAUCAAAUCGCCACCAAAAUCCAGCAGGCCAACGAGCUGACUGACAAGUCGGCAGAGCCACGGAUCAAGUCGGCCCUCAACCGGACAGAGCUGCAUGUCGGCGAAGACCUCGAUCUCGCCGCCCUCCCCCGAGAUAGCAUCACGCGCCUGUGGGUCACCCUCGUGCAGGAUUCGAUGGCCCGACCGAUCGAGAUCCCGGUCAUGGUGGCUUGUGGCGCGUUCACGGGACCGGUCGUGGGCAUUACGGCGGCGGUGCACGGUAAUGAGCUGAACGGCAUCCCUCUUAUCCAUCGCCUGUUCCAGGAAAUAGACUGCAGCACUCUGUGCGGCACUCUUGUCGCCAUCCCUGUCGUCAACACCCUCGGCUACAUCAACAACUCUCGUGGGUUCAGCGACGGAGCAGACCUGAACCGCGUGUUCCCUGGUUCGGGGGCGCCCAACUGCAGCAAGAUCUUCGCCAACCGCUUCCUCCACAACAUCGUCAAGAAGUUCGAGUACCUCAUUGAUCUGCACACGGCGUCCUUUGGGCGUGUCAAUUCGUUUUACGUGCGUGCGGACAUGAACGACCCCAUGACCAGGCGAAUGGCCUUCCUCCAACACCCGCAGAUUAUCGUGCACAACACGGGUCCCGACGGCUCAUUGCGAGGUGCGGCGGCGCAGCUCGGCAUCAACGCCAUCACCGUCGAGAUCGGAAAUCCCCACACCUUCCAGCUGAGGUACAUCAAGAGCGCGUUGAUCGGUGUGGACAACAUUCUGGGUUUCCUCAACAUGAUUUCGCACGACGAACCUGAGAGGGAGUACGAGCCCGCCAUCUGCAGUUCCUCCUACUGGCUCUUCACCGACGUCGGUGGCCUGUUGGAGGUGCGGCCCGAGAUCAAUACCUGGGUGCGAAAAGAUCAGCUCAUUGCUGUCGUGAAGAACAUCUUUGGCGACAUCGUCAAGAAGUAUUAUGCCCCGGAGGACGGCAUCGUGAUCGGCAAGAACGUCAAUCCGGUCAACCAGACGGGCGACAGGAUCCUCCACUUGGGCGUUGCCGGCAGCGAGUUCAGCAAGAGGCAGAACGACGGGCACUGA